AUGUUACGCUCAUUAUUCUCAUUCGGGCGUUCUGAUUCUGACAACCAGUUCCUCUUUCCCAAAGUGAGCUCGGCCGAAGACGGUCCCGACUGCACAAAAGACUGCGCCGACUGCACUAUUCAAUUUCCAUCAAAGGUCAAGGUAGAGGACUCAAGAGCCCUCUAUGGCCAGAUCAAGGAGUUUCACUCUCACGUUCUCGUCGCAACCGGGCAAUCAGACUGGAAGGAGAAGGUUGAAAAAGAGUCGGGGAGCUUGAUGGAAGCAUUCGAUUCCGCGAAAUCAGAACUAGGCCGCAUCAUGGUCUCGGCCUCAAACAUCCACCCUCCUGGCGAGUCAGUCACAGAGAAAAGUGCUGAAACAACCACCGUGCUCAUCUUACCAUCCUUCACAUACGUCGACUCUGUCGGCCAGGAAGACGUUCCCAGACUAAUCGCCCAGUACAUUGACCACCCAGCGGAUCAAGAUCAGGAUAAAGUCAUCCCCUCCCCGGGAGGGUUGAUGAGCGCUCGACCCUGCGAGCUAGACUACGUGAUAUUGCUGUGCUCCCAUCGGAGACGAGACGCCCGCUGCGGGAUCACUGCGCCAUUAAUCAAGCGUGAGCUCGAACGCCAUCUCCGUCCGCUGGGGCUCGAUCGGGACCUGGAUGACUCGCGGACCGGUGGAGUGGGUAUUUUUUUCGUGUCGCAUGUCGGCGGUCACAAAUUCUCCGCCAAUGUUUUAGUUUAUCGCAAGGAGGAUCAGCAGAUGAUUUGGCUGGCGCGCGUGAGACCGGAGCAUUGUGAGGGCAUUGUCAAGUACACCGUUCUGCAGGGCAAGGUUGUACACCCCGAGACGCAAUUGAGAGGUGGGUUUGAUCGAGUGCGGGGGCUGACCAGUUGGUGA